AUGCUCGUAGGGCCAACGUCGACUAUAAUAUCGAGGUGCGGUUACACAGGAAACCAGAACAGUGUUUCGGAGCUUGGUAGACAGUGUAAGGAGUACUCCUCUAGCCUUGCGUUUGAUUCAGGAAACGCCCGCUCGAGUUAUUUCUCCCUAAUUCGACAUAAAACGGAACAUGUCGGAACUAUCAAAAACCGACGAACCCGACCAAGUCGACCGGACGACCAAGUAACCGAUUUGCAGUCCGACCGCAAGACCGACCUCAAGACCGGCCUCAAGCCGGACCUCAAGGCGGACUUCAAGGCGGACCUCAGGGCGGAUCUCUGGACGUAA